AUGCCGAACAUUCCUAGCACAGCCAAACCUAAGAAGAAGCGCGCCCGGCCUCUUCCCGCACACGUCGUCGCUCGCAAUCUCGCAAUCGAGAAGCGCCGCCGGGGCGAACUGAAUGAAGAUUUUCUGAACCUGGCGCGUCUAGUGCCGAGUCUGGCGGAUACACGGCGCCUGUCAAAGGUGCUAAUUGUCAAUGAAAGUUUUCGGCAUCUCCGAAGGCAGCGGGACAUGUGCAUCGCUGCAGGCCGUGACAUGCAGGAUCUCCUGGCCGAGAACAACCGGCUGGUAGCGGAAGUCACUGCUCUGCGUGCACAAGCUGGGUUCACGGGGAUAGCACCUUGCGCCCCCCGGCCCAUCACAGAGCCAAUGACCGAACUGAUGAGUGUCAAAGACGAGGUCUACGGCAGAUUUCCCGCCGGCUUUGGAGAUAAUUGGGCUUACCAGAGUCCACCCACUGGAAGUGACGAUCAGGGAAUGGGACUGCCGCUCGAUGACAUUCUUGGACUUCCUCCUCAUUAUGACCCAAAGCAAUACGCACACAACGAGCCUGUAGUACUGGGAAAUGACCUCUCUUGGGAUGGCUUUCCUGCAGGUUACGACAUACAUAAUUCCACAGAUUCGAAUUCAUCUAUCGCUAGCCAUUCUGGGACGUCUACUUCGUAUCCAGGCUUCAGCUUCCCUGUCAGUCCUCCCAGCAGCAAUCAUAUUCCGGCAGAUGCGCCGGGCCAUUUAGAUGAUUCUGUAGUGGCUACUAUACAUACCUCUACGACUUGGACUCCGGCAAUUGACAAUGUAUUGGACUGGCCGUCCGACUUGAACACAGCCACUCGAUAA